GGAAAUGCCCGAGUUCGGAUUUGUCAGUUUGAAAGCGAGUCUCCAUCAAAAUGUCGCACACAAGCAGCUGGUUUACUUUACUCCUUAUAGCAGUCCUGCUGGCGCUGGGAUCUGCACAGUACUACAACCAAUAUAAUCCCUACUACACGCCCAGUCCCACGUUCUCCAGUUUGAACAACUAUUACUACCAGACCACGCCGUAUCCCUACUACUACAGCACGUAUACGACACCGAGUCCCUACAACCCACAGAUUCGCAUCUGGCCCUAUGUCAUCGGCCAGUAUCUGUAUCCCACCUACUACAAUUCGAACUACUACAAUCCAUAUGCCUCUUUAAGUAAUUCCAAUUGGCAACAGUACUAUGCCAAUGUUUAUGGCACAACUUAUGGAAAAAAGUAAACUCUAGCUUAUACUAAGUGUGUUUCAUUUGUUAAGUUGUUCUGCCAAUGCAAAUAAAAUAUUUAUUUUGUUAUAUA